AUGGCAACAAGAAAAACAAGAAUAGAUUGGAAUGAAAAGGUGGUACGUUUCGAGCCCGGUAAAGACGUAGAGAAAGAUGUUUUUUGUCUCGUUACGAGCGUGGGACAACGAAAAAAUUGCGAGCUCGCCUGGGGAAUCAAACUUCAGACCACUGAGCCACAGAGACUCUAUGACAUCGACGAGUGUGUUACAAAUACCAACAACUGCAGCAAGAACUCCCACUGUACAAAUACCGAGGGAUCUUACAACUGCUCUUGUAAUCCUGGAUUCAGCGGGGAUAUAGACAAUUGCACAGACAUCGACGAGUGUGUUAAAAAAACCCACAACUGCAGCAAGAACGCAAACUGUACAAACACCGAGGGAUCCUACAGCUGCUCUUGUAAUGCUGGAUACGGCGGAGAUGGACAUAAAUGCCAAGGAUGCAGGGCUACCCCGCAGGGUUACCCCCCAGCCUUCGCAUCUAGCCUUUUAAACACCUGGGUGAAGAAAGGCACGAUGAGAGUCAGAGUCGAGCGCACCUACCAUGAGGCCACCACACCUCUCACACUGGAAGUGAAGACUGCUGAUUUAAUUUCAGACGUUGACGAGUGUUCUCAAAACAGCCACAACUGCAGCAAUAUAACUGCCACUUGUAAUAAUACCAAAGGAUCUUUCAAGUGUAUUUGUAAACCAGGACUCAGUGGUGACGGGUACAGCUGCACAGACAUCGACGAGUGUGCCGAAAAUAUCCACAAUUGUAGCAAGAACAACGCCACUUGUACUAAUAGCAAGGGGUCGUUUAAUUGCUCUUGUAAUACUGGUUUCAGAGGGGAUGGUUACAACUGCUCAGACAUUGAUGAGUGUCUUACCAAUGCUCAUACCUGUAACAAGCACAGCGCCAGUUGUACCAAUAACGAAGGAUCGUUUAACUGCUCUUGCUAUACUGGAUUCACUGGAGAUGGACAUAACUGCCAAGACAUCCACGAGUGUGUUCAAAACCCCAAUUGUAGCGAGAACGCCAACUGCACAAACAUCGAGGGAUCUUACAACUGCUCUUGUAAUCCUGAAUUCAGCGGAGAUGGACAUGAAUGCGAAGACAUUGAUGAGUGCUCUCAAAGCAGCCACAACUGCAGCAAUAUAACUGCCACUUGUAACAAUACGAAGGGAUCAUUCAAGUGCAUUUGUAAACCAGGAUUCAGUGGUGACGGAAACAGCUGCACAGACAUCGACGAAUGUGAGAAAAAUACCCACAACUGUUCUCAUGGAAACUCAACUUGCCAGAAUAACAAGGGAUCAUUCGAAUGCAUUUGUAAACCUGGAUUCCGCGGAGAUGGACAGAACUGCUCAGAUCUGAAAUCAAAUUUCACACUAGCCCUAGAUUAUCCUAACCCACCUUUGAACAACCCAACCCAGAUCCAUAAGAUCUGUUUUCGAGAAUUACAAC